UAUUUGUAAAGAUUCAUAUUUGCACGAGGAUAUAGACUGAUGGGUAUUGAGUGAAAUCGGCGAAGUGAAAUUUGGCAAUUGUUUCUGUGGCUUCAACUUUUCCGGGAAAGAAAGAAAGAAAAAAAAAGCUUAGAAAAUUCUUCAAUUUCUUUCUUCUUCUUCACAAAUUCCCGGAAAAGGAUAACCACCGAACCUCCCAUUUCGAGAUAAAACAAUCAAUUUCUUCCGUGUAAGCAAAAUCCAAAUCCAGAACACGAGAAAUUUCUGACCCAUCUAACUUAAUCUCUCGUAGGGUUUUCUAAAAAUUUGGAUUCAAACUUUCAAAAAUGGAUUUCUGGCCGGAAUUUCUCGCUACCAGUUGGGGAAAAGAGUUCGUCGCGGGCGGAAUCGGCGGUGUCGCCGGCAUCGUUUCCGGUUACCCACUCGAUACCCUUCGUAUCCGACAACAACACUCCACCUCCGGGUCGGCCAUCAACGUCCUCCGUAGCAUCAUGUCCAACGGCGGCCCUGCCGCUCUCUACAGAGGAAUGGGAGCUCCACUCGCUUCCGUCACUUUCCAGAACGCCAUUGUUUUUCAAACCAACGCCGUGCUCUGCAGAGCGUUCGAUCCAUCGGCGACAGACAACCGACCACCGUCGUACAAGGCGGUAGCAUUAGGCGGAUUCGGCACCGGAGCAUUACAAAGCCUAAUUUUAACACCGGUGGAGCUCGUGAAAAUCCGUCUUCAAUUACAGGAUUUGGGUUCAUCAACCCACACAGAUCUAAGUUCAUCUCGGCCCGGGCCGAUGCAGGUUGCGAAGAACAUUUUCAAAACCGAAGGCUACAAAGGGCUAUACAGAGGCUUAACAAUCACAAUGCUGAGAGACGCUCCUUCCCAUUGUUUUUACUUUUGGACUUACGAAUUCAUGAGAGAAAAGCUUCAUCCUGGUUGCCGGAAAUCCGGACAAGAGACAUUGAGAACGAUGCUCGUAGCCGGAGGACUCGCCGGCGUCGCCAGUUGGGUUUGUUGCUACCCAUUAGACGUGGUUAAAACCAGACUUCAAGCUCAAUCGAAAUUCACGUUUCAAAAGUACAGUGGAAUUGUGGAUUGUUUCUACAAGAGUGUGAAAGAAGAAGGGUACAGUGUUUUAUGGCGUGGAUUAGGAACCGCCAUAGCUAGAGCUUUUGUGGUGAAUGGAGCUAUUUUUUCAGCUUAUGAACUCAGUUUGAGAUGUCUGUCCAACAAUGGAGGAUUUCAUGCUGAAAACACCAUUUGAGAAGAAAAUGAAGGAAAAGAGAAUUGGGGGUUUUCUUCUCUUUUCCACCAUUUUCCUCCGUUUUGGAUUCCAUCUACUGAUUUAUUUACGUGUGUAAGUAAAUGGAUGAAGAACUUGGUGAGGAAUUGUUCGCACUGUUCGAAUUUUUCUGGACCUUGUUGGAUUAUGUAUUCUGUAACUCCAUUGAUUGGAGUUACAGGAGAGAAAACUGAUGAUGACGACGAAAAAUAUUUAUGGCUUUUGUGAACAACAUUAUUCAAUGUAUAGGAUUUUACUGUCUUUAGCUGCAGGGACAAAGGGAGGAGGAGAAAUGGUGGAAGUGAUCUGAAAACCUCUUCUACAAAAAUUGUCUCUGUUUGUUUUGUUUUUGUUGAAUAAGUUUGAAUUUGUGUAAUAAGACACUAGAAGAUUUGACUCAAGAAUAGAAGAUCUUGGAUGUGUUUUCUUAGU